GCACAAAUGUGAAGGCACUUCAGGAAAUCGAUCAUUUGAGCUGGGUUUAUGCUCACCAGCCAACGCGGGACAGUAGAGCUCUGGGACCGGAACAUGACAGCUCCAGAUGAAACCACUGGACCUGCAGUCCCACCUGCACUCCCACCUCGAAUCUAUCGCAGCAACUCCACUGACGUCCCUCACUCACAGCCACUAAAACCCCCAAGGAAAGCUAAGACCCAAGAGUCUACGAGCAUAAGAUCUGAAGCUAUCUAUGAAGACCCGGAUGCAUUACUGACUUCUAACCCAGAUGUGAGUCAGCCAGAGGCUAAACCAAGGCCUAUACCUCGCCUCAGGAGCAAAGACAAACUAAAUCUCCAACAUGACACCAACAACACAACCAAAGGAAACUACAUCAACACGAUCAACUCAGGACACAGCGAUAACACCGCCAGCACAGCCUACGUAACAAAAACAGCAUACAAUGCCAACACAUCACAGACUUCCAACAGAGACAAUACCACUUGUACGAGUAGCUCAACCUGCAGCACUAACACAACCUACGAGACUGGAACGACCACCAACGCUAAUACAGCUUCCAAAUCCCACAACUCCAGAAGACCCGGUUCAACCGUCUCUAGCACAGCCGACCCAACCUACAAUGACGUCAGAACCGACAAGACCCACAACACCAACCCGGCUAAGUCUUCAAACAGAACAGGCAACACAAAGAACGAUGCAAGUUACGAAAGAAGGAAGAACUCCGACGACUACAUGACACCUCGCCCCACUCACCAGCCUCUCCUCCCACCUAUACCACCCAAGACCAAAAGUGUAAAAUCAACAGCAGCAAAAAGUCCAGAGAUUUAUAACCCAGGAGCUAAUUCAAAUACAAGUGCUAAGGGCAGAGACGAGAAAAGCGGACAUAGAGCUUCACCUUCAUCUCGACCUCUGCAUCACAGCAGCUCAAUGAUGGACCUGUCAAGUAUUGAGAGUCACCAAAACAGAGACAACUACAUGACACCUCGGUCUGCUCGCCAAGCUCUCCUUCCACCUUUACCUCCCGGGUCCAAAGGUCCGUACUCAACAGCAGCAGACCCUUCACAGUAUAAUAGGACAAGAACAAAUUCAAAUACAAGUGUAAAGAAUCCACCUCCUCUCCCUCCUCCUCGCCUGGAACCUAUCAACCCUAUUUAUUGCGACAAAGGAAAUCCUACCUCCCAGCAUAGAGACAACAGAAACAGACAUGGGCCUCGAUCGCAUCUCUAUCACAGUACCUCAGUGUUGGACCUGUCAAGCGAAACGAGCAGUGAAACAUCGUCUUUGUACGACCCUGAAAUUGAACCUUACUACACUUCAGGAUCAUCUCUAUACACUGACAGCGUGAACCCUCACUACACAAGAGUUUUACCGGAUGAUUAUUACGACAGGCCACGGACACAAGCUCGUUAUGAAGACAAUAGCCUGAGCAUCUACAGUGACAUAUAUCAACUCUCUCAAGAUGAUGUCACUGAGCUGCUGCACUGGUUUAAGAGAGUAUCUAGACAAACUAACACCCUGUCACUGUUUGGCCUCAGUAUGGAGGAUGAAAUGAGAGCCUUCCAUCAGCAGGCCAUGCAUGUGAGAAAAGCCCGGCGCCUCUACCACCUUCUCAUGAUGAAACGCAGGGAUCACCUACAGAAGAUCCUCGAAGAGUUCAAGGCCAUCUGUGAAAGACUGGAAAAAGUGCAGAAAACAAAUAAAACCAUGGGAAUAGCUGGUGGCACAACAAGUGCAGUCGGAGGCGUGGCCGCAGUGGUGGGCAUCGCCUUGGCCCCUGUUACCAUGGGAACCUCACUGAUCGCAACAGCUGUUGGGGCUGGCAUUGUCGCAACAUCGGCAGGAGGUUUCGGCGCGAAAGUCGCCAAAGCCAACAAGAAGAUUGUGAACAGGGAGACAGUCGAGAAGCUUGUGAAUGACUACAAGUCAGACGUUGCCGACCCGGAACGUUGCCUGAAUUACAUCCUCUGUCUGAUGAAGGAGCUGCAAAGACACAACAUUGGGGAGCUAAGCAGGGCGGGAGCGCACCCAGACGCGCUGAGGAUGGCGGAUCUGUCCAACAACCUUUACAACAGCAGGCAGAUGUCUCCUAACAACCCUGGAGGGGUGACGUCUGAAAGCAUGCUUAAGCAAUUCGAAAUGGAAUUUGAUGAGUAUUUCACGGAAAAGAAAGGUCAGAAGCUGAACAAGUCGAAUAAGAGCAAGUUUUCAGGCAGAGUGGGCACUCUGGUUAAAAACCUGCAAGAGGAACUGAAUUAUCUGACUCAAAUGUGGGAAACAUUAACUUAAAAACAGAUUACUGUGUUUGUGCCUGUGAGUGAAGGAUACAUAUUUUAAAUGUGGUAAUUUAUUGAUAACAAUUAGCCAAUAAUUUCUUAUAUUUAAUUAACACAGAGCAGCAUUAUUUUUUUGAUGCAUUGUAGUAAUUUGCUCUGAAACUGUUGUAUUAUCAAAGACUAGUUAGUAGAUACAACUCUAAUAUGCUAAACUUGUAUAUAACUAACUUAUACUGUAUAUUUUAGCCUCAUUCUUUCAGAACAAAUGAUGUGUUAGUCAUGACUGAACUGGUUCUAUCUACUUUCCAAAAAGAAUGGAGUUUGGAGUUAUUUUUUCUUCCCUAGUCAGCGGCUAGUUUAUGUAGGUACUACAGGAUGUUAGACCCAUAGUGGAGCAAAAAUGUAAAUUAGUUUGAAAAUAAGCCAAGAUCAACCUGUUAUGUCACACAGCGGAGUGCAAAAAGAAAAAACUUGGAUUGAGCCAUCAUAAUAAAAAGCAUGAGGUUGUACAGUCACAGUUAAUUAAUCAAGUUUUAUGGUUUUAUUUUAAAUCGGGGUUUGAGGUCAAAAUCCAAUGAAUUAUUCAAAUAUAAUAUAACUGUUUUGGUAUGUGUGCAUAGACAUUUUUUUGCUAAAUCCGACUAUUGCCAAUUGUUACAGAUAGUGUAACAUGUCAACCUUCCUUCAAACUGUGUAUUCUGUUUUGAAAUAUGUAAAUCUAUAAAUCACUGUAAGUUAUAAAUCACAUACCAUGUUAAGUUAUCAAAGUAAAUCAUUAAAAGAUUCCGUUAUUAUACAUUUUUUUUCAGCUGGCAUGGGGCUAGUGUUUAGCAAAUCUUGAGUUAAAAUAUCACAGUUUCACUCUCUUAUUAAACAGAUUUGAAAUAAAAAUGGUGGCUCUAUUAUUUAGUUUCCACAUCUUGACAGUGAAGGUUGUCCCCUGAACAAAUCAAAACAACUCCGACUGAUCUCCUGCUGGUAGAUAAUAUUUAUUGCAUGAUAUUUCCUCACAGUAGAAGAUGCCUUUCGAUUUUUGGAUGUAAAAGGAGGUAUGUCUGUGA